UAGAUUUUUGCCUAACAAUUUUUAUUUUUAGACCACUGUGCUCCGUGUGUAUAAUAGUAUUUGAUAAUAAUUGUAGGGUAUGUUUUAAAAAAAAAAAAUAAAAAAUACAUCGGACCAAAGGUGUGCGCACAAGGGCAGCAGAAUAUGCACUCGCCAACUCCCCCCCCCCCUGGAUGGUUUAAACAGAUCCGUUAGAAUCAAACAGUCCAAGCUGGCCACCGUUAUACCCAAUAAAAAACAAGUUGUUUAUCCGAAAAGCACAUUCAAUUAUCAAGCUAAUAUUUACCGCGUUUAAAAUAUAUUAUAAGUAAAAAAAAAAAAAAACACUACAGGCUUCUACAGUAUACCAGUCAUGCAUAGGCUGUUUGUAUGAAAAUAAAUAAGCUGGUAAAAAUAUUCGCUGCCUCGACUUGACAUUCUGCGCACGGCCAUAGCACCGUACCGUGGUACUAACCUAACCUGAUUAAUUGGCGGCGCGAGCUACCACUGGGUAAACCAGAAGACAUCCAUGUCCGGAUUUUCGGUUUUAAAACGUUUCCGAUCCAUAGGACCCAACUCACAUGCCGUUUAAAAUCAUAAUCACGAUUAGCAAUAUAUCGUGCUAAUAGGGUUCUGUCGUUCAACGUGUUAUACAGUCAACCCUUGUUUCCGCCCCCCCCUCCCCCAUAUUUUCAUCGUUUGAAUUACAGGUACAGUGAAUUGGGCAGUUCAUGGAAGAUAAAAGAAAUAAAUAAAUAAAUUAUAAAAACAAAAAAAAUGAUAUUUAUAUCACCUUGACAAUCGAUUGUUAAUUGUUUCAAAUGUUCAAAUUCAUUUCACUUUACUUUCGUCGGUUGACCGGUGAUCACAUAAUAUCAUCAGAACAAUAAAAGCUCUAUAUUUUUCCAUUGUCUUACGUAUACUGUUUGAAGAAGUCUGAAGAAGAAAAAUGAACUCGUCGUCUAAAGAUAUCGUCUCUUUUCAGUCCUCGUCGAAGAAACGUACGAUCAGGUUAAAAAUGUUCGACUAUUUCUUGAAUGUACCACACGGAACACCCUUAAUCGAUCAGCUGGAAGAAGUGGCUUUUAUUAUGGGUAGGAGUUUGGUAACCAAAGUCGCACGUUCCAAGUUCUAUUUCAUUGUCCAGUACAAAAUUGGAUCUAGGAGCAUAUCGAUAUUUGGCCAAAACAAGAUGUCUUGUAUUGACCAGUGCGAGUUGGAAAUGGUGUACAUGCUGCAAAAACUUUGCAAGUUUGUAUGAGUUCCUACUUUUUGACGAGACAGUCAACGAGGGAAACCGACACCAUGUUUCUGCAAUACAGUGUUGGGAUCAUUUCAAAAUUCAUAUGAUCACCACUGUUUCAGGCAUGCAGUUUUGUCAUACAGUUAUUUUUUUUAUAUGUUAAUUUUAACAGUUGUACACAUUUUAUGUACCUAUACAACUUCCAAAA